AGGAAAGCAUACAUUCACGAUGAGCAUCCCAACCCCUUGACCUUGAUCCCCGAUUUCAUUUCAGCACCGACCUUUAUAAUUCAGAGUCUAUUCGAUGAGGCUCAACUCCAAAUGAGUCGAGCUUUGCUACUGACAGGAGGAUCCUACAGCAAACUGGCCUUCAUCCAGAAUCUUGGAAGAGCUAUAGCGAAGAGUCUUGAUACUGUCCACGGUGUAUUUGCUCCUGCGUGUACGGACCAUGAAAUCCUCACUACGAAGUAA